UUCAGUUGUGUGUGCCAAAGUAGAAGAGGCCCAAGCGAUUCUCAUAGCCCUCUCACACGUGUUGCGUUACACUUAAAUUCCGCGUUCAAGCGAAUCGUGACACACUCACAAUUGUCACGCACACCAAGAUUUCGUUACGUAUACGUAAGCGGCUUGAGUGCAAAUAAAGGAAUAAUAUUGAAAAAUAUACAGAAAAUACAAAGCUAUGUGAAUUAAGUGAAUAAGAAUAAGUGCAGAAAAUUACAGCAUGAAAUUAUAAAAGAAAAGUGUAGAAAAAUGUAUUUAAAUUGUGGGCAAACUAUUAAAAGUUUUUAUUGAUGAACAAAAGAAUGUUAAAUACUUCAACCGAUUUUGCCCGAACGAAAAGGAACUAUAUCAAUGUGAAAGCUGCGCCGCCAUUUGUGCUCUGCUUUUAGCUCUUGGGGGCAAUGAAAUCGCGGAAGCUGCCAAAGGGCUUCGUGCUUUGUGGCCUAAAUUGUUUGACCUUCAUUUACUUUCCGCUGGUACUGCCCAUAUUGAAAUGCUCAGCCAGCGGCGACGAUUUCGACUAUCGCAUGGAGCGGGUGAGAAAUGUUCUCAAGGAGGUACCUCUUAUCGACGGCCACAACGAUCUACCAUGGAACAUACGCAAGUUUCUCAAGAAUCAACUGAAAGACUUUCAUUUUGGUGGCGACCUACGCGAAUUGGCUCCAUGGUCGACAAGUGCCUGGAGUCACACGGAUCUGCGGCGUCUGAAGGAGGGCAUGGUGUCGGCACAAUUUUGGUCGGCAUAUGCCCCAUGCUCAUCUCAGCAUCUGGAUGCGGUGCAGCUGACAUUAGAACAAAUCGAUUUAAUACGUCGCCUCGUACAACUCUAUCCGCAUCACAUGGCUCUGGUCACGACGGCAACGGGCAUAGAGCAAACACACCGGACUGGCAAAAUAGCCAGCCUGAUUGGAGUGGAGGGUGGUCAUGCCAUUGGGACGAGUCUAAGCGUUUUACGCAUGUUUUAUCAGUUGGGGGCCAGAUAUCUAACACUUACACACACCUGCAAUACACCCUGGGCGGACUGCUGCAAAGUUGACGAACCAGGCAAAUAUCCACACAUAGGUGGCCUCUCCACAUUUGGCAAGUUAGUGGUUAAGGAAAUGAAUCGUUUGGGCAUGAUUGUGGAUCUAUCCCAUGUUUCGGUGCCCACAAUGCUGGAUGCUUUAGCUGCAUCAAGGGCGCCUCUUAUCUUUUCCCACUCUUCGGCUCAUGCCAUUUGUAAUAGUUCGCGCAAUGUGCCCGAUCAUGUCCUGCAGCGUAUAGCCAUUAACGGAGGUCUGGUAAUGGUGGCAUUUUAUCCACAUUUUGUCAGCUGCUCUGGCCAGGCAACAUUGCGCGACGUUGUAGCUCAUAUCAACCAUAUACGCGAGGUCGCUGGCAUCGAUCAUGUUGGCAUUGGGGCUGGCUAUGACGGUGUAAACUUAGUACCCAAGGGACUGGAGGAUGUUUCGAAAUAUCCUCAUCUUUUUGCCACAUUGCUUGAGUCUGAUAAAUGGUCGGAGGAGGAUAUUGCUAAGUUAGCUGGCAAGAACCUAAUACGUGUGUUCAAGGAAGUCGAAGCGGUGCGCGAUCAACUGGAACUGUUGCGUGUUCAACCCAUUGACCAGUCAAUUUCACCAGAGGACAUUAUGGGCAGAUCUUAUUGUCGCUAUCAAGGACCAAGAACGUGAUAAAUUCCUUAUAUGUAAAGUUCAUUAAAAUUCAUCCAAAAAAUA